CCCCCCCCCCCCCCCCCCGCCUCCCCCGGCCCCUGCCCGUCCCCUGCCCGUCCCGCUGCCAUUUAUUCGCCAUCAGCUGCUCCCUGAUAAAGUGGAAUAAUAAUAAUAAUAAUAGGGGCAGGAAUAUUAAAACAUGCAGCCCGCGGGCCGCCCCCACAGCUGCCAUGAGACACGGCGCCGGAGCGGUGCCACUGCUGCUCAACAUGUACCUGCCAGAUCCAGUCGGGGAAACUUUGUUCAAAGACGGCAAGACCCAGGCGUGGGGGUCCCUCAACCCAGGCGUGCAGAAAGGCAGCGGGCAGAUCCAGCUGUGGCAGUUCCUGCUGGAGCUGCUGUCGGACCGGGCCAACCUCAACUGCAUCGCCUGGGAGGGCACCAACGGGGAGUUCAAGCUGAUCGACCCCGACGAGGUGGCGCGGCGCUGGGGCGAGCGGAAGAGCAAGCCCAACAUGAAUUACGACAAGCUGAGCCGGGCGCUGCGCUACUACUACGACAAGAACAUCAUGACCAAGGUGCAUGGCAAGCGCUACGCCUACAAGUUCGACUUCCACGGGCUGGCGCAGGUCUGCCAGCCGGCCGCCCCCGAUCACGCCCUCUACAAAUUCCAGGGCAACCUGGCCCCGCUGCCCUUCUCGGGCAUCUCCAAACUCAACCUCAUGACCUCCGGGGUGACGCCGGCCGGUUUCUCCUACUGGCCCGGCUCCAGCCCGUCCCUCUACCCCGGGCACGGCCUGCAGCCCUCGGCCCCGUUCAGCGCCAUGGCAGCCUCGCACCUCAACAACAUGAACAACCACUACCAUUAGGGGCUCGGCCGCGCCAGGCGGACCCCGUCCCCAUCCCGGUCCCGUCCCGGGCGCUGUGGGGCUGGGGAGCUCGGCGGGGAGGGGUGCAGGGGGGGGUGGGAUGCUGCGGCCCUGCUGGCGGCUGCCCCCGGGGAGGUUUGGAGAGAGGCACGGGGUGGCCGCGGGGCAGUAGGGCUUCUUCUCCCUGGCGUGGGUGGUCGGAGGGCAGAAGGUGUCUGCGCUUAGGGUGAGGGGGAGCCACGGCACAGGGAUGCCUGAAGAGGGGUGUGAAUGGGAGGGAAAAGCGUGGGUCCUUCCCUGACCCCCCCAGCCCAUGGCUCCCACUGCUGCCCCCAGCCCGUGCCCACCUUCCUCUCUCCCCACGGAGCCGCCUUGCCCCGGGGUGAGGGGCCCUCCCUGCAGCUCCUUGCCCCCCCACCCAUCUCCAAGACGCGAAGCUGGGUGGAGGUGGAGCAGGAGAAGGGACACGAGCAGGGCUGGGAGCCCAGGGCAUCGAGGGGUGGGCCUGGGGCUCUCCCCCCCAGGGUCCAAGGAGGUGCCCCCCCUUCAGAGCGGGACUUUGACCCAGGGGCUGGAGAAGAGCCGGGCGUGCCGGGCUCUGCCAGGCAGGGGAGGGAUCUGGCUUCAAUAAAACAGAGAGGUGCUGUGACCGUGUCUGCUCGUGUGCGCGGGGGGCUGGAGAGGGGG